GGGCUCGUGAAUGCCUUCAGCUUUGAUCCGACAUCUUCCCUUACAUUGACUGCAUCUCUCCUGCGGAACCACGCACUGUACUUACGGAACUGAAGUAAAAAGGACAUCUGCGCAAAUUACUAACGUACUCCUUACUAACCAGCAGUAAACAUGGCACCCAGCAAAGCCGCCCUUGAUCUCAAUGCGAUGAUCAGCAAAGACCGCCAGCGCCGCAAGAAUGAAACUCUUGCAAACGAAAUAUUUGGGAAUCGCCGAGCGAGCGCGCCUGGUGUAUUAAACAAGCGCAACAACAAGUCGGCAGCGGUACCAUCUCUUGCGAGCAGAAUUGGGCCUAUUGGGGGCGGAGUAGCAAAGCGGACCAUGUCGACUUCAACACGACCAGCGGCGUCAAGAUCAACUGCACGACCUGCUGGAAAUGUUGAUGCAGAGUGGACGCACGACCUUCACACCUUCAACAAUCCUCCAGUCUCGAAAUUCUCCCAAGGUCCUCCUCGAGGUCCAAAGGCGGCAGCUGCGCGUACAAAUCGCAAUGAACGUAUCCACUCUGCGCUACACAACUCAGCCUCAUCUCCAGCUCUUAAUAGCCAAUUCAAUAUCGUCGGAACUGCAAAACCAGCACCAGGUAUCUCCAUUCGAGGAUUGGCCGGCCCCUCCAUGGUCAUGAUAAAGAACUUGGCGCUUGGAACUACAGUGGCUGAUAUUGAGAGCGCAAUGACGCCUGUGGGAGGGACUGUUUUGAACUGCCGGAUCAUUUCUGAGAAGCCUAAGGUCAUUGCGGAGCUUGUCUUUGAGACUAAGGAGGGGGCCGAUAACGUUGUUGACACGUUCAAUAACCAAAAUGCCGACGGCCAUCUCCUCCAAGUUUACCACAAAUCCGGGCCUCUGCCCACCACCAUGAAGCAACUAGCACCAGCCUCUCCCGCACCCAGAUCCAACACACCCCAAGGCCCACGCGCAGAUAGAAACACCGACAGAUCUGGAGACACCCGCUCUGGCUACAGUGAUGACCGGUACGCACCGAGAGAACGCAGUCGCGAGCGCAGACGAGACUUCGGUCGAGAGGAUGUGAUGGAUGGCUCAUAUGGCUUCAACGACGAUCGCAUGGAGACCGACGAAGAAGAAGGCAAAGGGCUGUAUAGCGACAACCUUCUUUCAAGCCGAGGUCGUGCUUUCACGAAUAACAGAGACCGCGGGGGUCGAGGAGACAGAAAUCGGUCCUACAGAUGACCAUCAUCCUGACCGAACGUCCAAAACUCUAGGAAUUUUUAAUGAGUGGCAGCCUGUCAAUUUUACUGGGCUGAGGACAAGACAGUGACGGUCAAAACCUUGCAUACUGUCACACCCUCACCUGGAUACAGAUUCAGUCAGAGGAGCCGGAAUCACACGGGGCAUCAUAUCAUACCUAGAUGCCCCUUUCUGCUUCCGAUGGAUUUCCCAAACCUAUGGGUGGUAUUCAGAUUCCCCCUGCUGUACAGUAGUAACAGAACGCCAUAAGAUAACAUUUCCUUCGACAUGCUUUUCUGUGUGAUGUUUCAGAGCCCGUGAGCUGGAGACGAGUUGGGUCAGAGAAGUGAUCACAAAACUCAAAGCACGACCGAAAGGCAAAGGAAGUUCCAGUGAAGCCAUUGAUUCAGUACCUAAUCGCGCAGUAUUUCCGCGCUUUUCGGUCGUCUGUCUGUCAGUUCGCCCGCUACCUAGCUCAGCAGUUCAUGCAUGCAUGCAAUCUCUUUGUAAACUACAUGAAGAAUGACUCUCUGACAAAACGAUAAUGUAGGAACACUCUCCGUUGCUUGCCUUCAGACAGCUGUUGAGCUAGCCUUCCUA